AUGAACGGCACUCCCCGACUUCGAUCCGCUUUCCCCCAAAGUCCGCAGACACUAGGCCGUGAUAGACGGAGACAGACCGAGUCCCCGGCCAUCAAAAGACCCCAGAAUGUGAGCGUGACGACUGGUCCGCGUCCUGCCCAACCGGGGCAGGGUCCUUUGAUUCCCACCGAUGUGAUCGACGCACCAUCGCAACGAUUCUAUGUUGCAGCCCUCUACAUUGCGCUUGGUGCAUGGCGGAUAUACGACUCGAUGGGCGCUGCCAACGAGCUGGAUUCGACGUGGUUGUUUCUCAAAUGGAACUUUAUUGAUGGCGUGUUCUUGUUCGGCAUCCAGACUCUAAGGGUGCCAUGGUUAGAAUGGACUUUUCCAACUUUUCUUGCCAUCUUCCUUCUCCAUGCGGCCACCAAUGUGUUUUUGAUGUUUCGGAUACCGUUACCGCUUGGUGCAUGGGGAGGUAUUUUGUACAAGUCCUUUUACGACCGAGAAAUGUCUAUAUCGGGGGGUAGAGUCAAACCUGGCGAUAUCCUUCAUAAUGCGUCGCUGAUUUUGGGCAAACAAAUCAUCCAUAUACUUCCGGAAGGAUCGGCCGCACUGAACCCCGAUGGAAUACCAUUGUGUCUCAACCCCCAGCAGACUUCUGUUACCCUCCCCAUACGUGUCAACCAGUCAACUCCGAUACUUAUCGAUAUUAUACGCUAUGAUAUAUCCACUGGACAAAACGAAACCAUCAGCAUAUCGCACAAACAGCUCAAGCAGAUGAAAAAGCAGGCAGGCGAACCCGCCGCUGAUGGACAUCUCGAUCUUCGCUUCCCUAUCAAGAAAACAGGCAUUUAUCGCUUAGCCCGAGUGCUGGACGAGUCUAAACUUGAAGUACAAACCAGAGCUUCCGACACAUUGAUCCCAGUCUGUCCUAGAGCGGUGCCAAAGAACACAUUUUCCGACAAAUGUAAGGGUGACUUAUCCGAUAUUACUCUAGAAGUGGAAGGAGUGGCACCACUCAAAGUGAAAUACAGCCGCAGGAUCAACGGAUUUGAUGGUGGAUUCUCUUUCCAGAAUGUACACGCCGAAGGCUCUUUAGUCCCGAUAACUGGUCGAAAGCCGGCGGGAAUUCUCAUCGACCCCAAACAACCAGAUCCUCCAUCUUGGGCUCAGACUGCGAAUCUGCGUAUAGCGUUGAAUGAGACCUUGGAUGCUGGCGGUGAGUGGCUCUAUACUAUUGAAGAAGUCCACGAUGCACAAGGUAACGUCGCCAAUUAUUCGUCUUACUUGGAUGAAACGGAUCGAGCAUCAUUAAAAAACGUGUUGCAAUCACAACAAUUUUUGGUCCACGAGCGACCAAGACUCUCAAUGGUUGGCUGCAAUGCUCAGAAAUUCCUUCAGACUGCGAAAGGAGAGACCACCGAAUUGCCUUUGCACUUUCAUUCCACCGGAAGAGACUACAGCGACGAUGCGCCAUUCCAGCUUACCUAUUCGUAUUCCCCGGAAGAAGCAGAUGGACAAACUGAUGUUGCAAAGAUUCUGCAAGUAUCUCUGAAAACGUCAGAAAACCGACCAAAAACCAAAGAGCCUGGAUGGUAUUCUUUGGAAUCUGUGUCAAGCCGUUUCUGCCGUGGAGAAAUACUGGAACCAUCAUCUUGUUUGCUACACAACCCCCCAGAGCCGGACCUGUCUAUUCGACAUGAAAAACUUUUUGACAAGUGUGCGAAUAGUUCUGUUGGUCUCCUCGUCGAUUUGGACAUGAUCGGAUCUCCUCCAUUCCGUCUUCGUUAUGUCAUUGAGAGCGACAAAGGCACAGAGACCUUCUCUGAGGUUAUCAAGGGGCUUAGAGGACAGCUAGACUUUACACCAACCCAAGCCGGCCUCUAUCGAUAUCGAUUCCUGGAUAUUGCCGAUAGUGUUUACGGUCCACGACCAUUGAAAGAUAAGGUGCAAGUCUUGGAGCAAGAUGUCAAACCACAAGCAUCGGCACAUCUUUUGGGCACUCACAAACCUCAGAGAACCUGCUUUGGCGAGUCGGCCACUGUCGGUGUCUCUUUCAUUGGCGAGGCUCCCUGGACUUUGCAAUAUGAGGUCGUGCAUAACGGUAAGAAAACCAAACACGAAAUAGAGAGCUAUGAAUCUGUUGCAACCAUUGUGACCGAGCCACUGUACAGUGGUGGAGAGCACAUCAUCUCGCUGACUGGUGUGACGGACCGUACCGGUUGUAAGCGCGCCCUGAAAGACAGCGCAGUCGUUCAUGUUCGCCCCAAGAAGCCUCAAGCUGCCUUUGGCUUCAUCGAAGAGAAGCGAACUACACAAGCUCUGGAAGGAAAUACAGUGUUAUUGCCGCUGAGAUUAAGUGGACAAUCACCCUGGAUCGUGAAAUACCGCAAUUUGGAUGCCAACGCCGCUCGUCUGUUUGAAAAGAAGAUUUGGGAUGAGAAUGGGGCUAUACCAGUUACGCAGAAUGGAGUGUAUGAACUUGUCGAAGUCUUUGAUUCCACUUGUCCAGGAAACAUUGAGCAAUCCGCAAGCACCUUUGAGAUCAAGUGGCUUCCUCGACCUGCACUAUCUGUGUCAGGACGCACGGGUGUUGGUGAGAAUGUGUCGAAACGCAGUGUCUGUCAUGGAGACGAUGACAUUUUGGAAUUGAAACUGGAAGGCAAGGCUCCAUUCAACGUCAAAUACGAACAUCACCGCGACCAUGGUAGCGUCAAAACACGGAAUCUGAAAAGCACUUCCAACGUGGCAUCGUUGGAACUCGAUACUUCAAAACCAGGCAAUCACGUCUACAAGUUCACUGCCAUCUCAGACGCACUUUACGAUGCUGAUCCAAAAGCGCAAAGCCCAGUCAGUAUCUCACAGACUGUCAAUGCGUUACCAUCUGCUCGUUUUGAGACACCUGGACAUAUUUACGCAUUCUGCAAGGAGGAUAGUGACGGCGACGAGCUGAUUCCCAUUGUAUUGGAAGGACAGCCCCCAUUCUAUCUUGAUAUUUCCAUCAAGCAUCAUUCAAGCGCAAAGCCUGAGGUAGUGCCCGUUGGCCCAAUCCACAGCCACAAACACAAACUCCCCAUACCCCGCCGACAUCUGGAACUCGGCCAACACGUUGUUAGUAUCCAUCGAGUUGGCGAUUCUCUUGGAUGUCAGCGAACAUUCGAGAAGGACCUAUCAUCUGUUCGUGUGGCAGUAUCCGACGUUCCUACGAUCAUCCCUCUUGAGUCUCAGACAGAUUACUGUGUCGGAGAACGUCUCUCAUUCUCACUCUCAGGACAUGCGCCAUUCGAUGUCUUCUACACAUUUGAAGGUGUGAAGAGAAAGGCCUCUUCACAAUCAACCACAUUCCGACGUAUCGCCGAGAAACCAGGUGUAUUCACCAUUACGGCAGUUAGCGACGGCGCCAGUGGCCGUUGUCAAGCACACAAGAACAUUACCAAGGUCAUCCACGAGAUGCCCAGCGUGCGAAUUAGCAGAGGACGAGAAAGUAUCAUUGAUAUUCAUGAAGGCGGAGAAGCGGAGAUCAAUUUUGAAUUUGGAGGAACUCCGCCAUUUGAAUUUACAUAUACACGAAGCUCCAACGCCCGCAAAGGCAAACCAGCCGAAAUCCUGGACAUCAAACAUGACAUUUCCUAUGAAUACAAAAAGACCAUCAAAACAUCCGAUGAAGGAACAUACGAAGUAGUCGCAAUCAAGGAUAAAUAUUGCUCGUUCUCGACGCAGAAGGCAUCUGCGAAGAUUGCGAAACAACAGACGAAGAAAUUGAUUACGAAUUAA